UGGGCAUCGUGAAAUGGCCAUCGCGAUACCAGCCAUAUUCUACAUCGUCGUCAGUUGCUCUUCAUCACCACCAAGCUCUCGCUCCAACGUCGCCCGAUGACUCUCUAAUUCGGCUCAUCGUGGCGCAGAGCGCUUCAGCUUUCAGUCGUGACUCAUUUUCUCCACCAGCCUCCUGAUAGAGGCUCACAUUAACGAGGGAGUCAUUUUCGCAUCCUCUAUUGGGGCAAGCCUGACUUUCUGUGCAGUGGUCUGAGGCUCAGACCCGUUUCGUAAGUUUGAGGUUGAAAUAUAAGGUGGUGGUGAAUGCCAAAACCUUCCGUGCAGUUACAUCCCGAUUUUGAACUUUUAUCUACUUAGUUGAUUCCAACUUCUCUUUGUGAUUGCCUCAUACUUCUUUUUGAGAAAUAUCUUUCCUCUACUCUCUACACCAGGAAGCCGGAAUUAAUUGCUGAAGCUCAUGGCGGCCACUGAAGAGACCUCAUAUUCAGGUCCUAUAGCUACCAACUCAUACGAAACAGCACUCGGAAUCAUUCCACCAAUAGAGCAGUGCCAAGACGUUGACCUUUUGCGAUCAUUAUACGACAAGGGGUAUGGGAAAUGGCCCCCACACGUCAACCUUAUAUAUCCCUUCGUUGCACCAGAGUACCUCCCUAGAGCGAAAGCCCAAAUCCAAUCGAGGCUGAGGAUCCCGCUCGAGGACCCGCUCGCCAGGACACCCUCCGUCCUCCUGAAUAAGUCUGGACACUUCACUCAUCGUUCUAAUCACACAGUCUUUUUGUGUGAGCCUGAUGAAAUUGAAGCUAGCUCUAUGGCCUUUCUUCGAUCGAAUGCCUUGGAGUCUCUGGGGCAUACCCCAACCCCUUGUAAUUUCCACCUUACUAUCGGCCAAUCUGAGGACCUCUCUGAUUCGUCCCGGGAAUUCCUGCUCAGCAAAGCUAGGCUACUCCCUUCUCUGGAGUUCCCGAUUCAACACCUCGCGAUUCUGAUACGCGAACGUUCCUCUAGCAAGGACAGAUCUUUCAAUUCUAUGAGGCUAUGGGGCAUAAUUGAUAUUUCCGGAGAUGAAUCACCGACCCCUUCACCCUUUCCCGAAUUCUGGCUUCAGCCAAGCCCACAAGAGGAGUCUGCUACAGGGUCAGAAGAAGAGAAUGAGGAAGACGAUUCCGAUCAAACCACGCCGGCACCUUCAUGCAGCCGUCAACCCCUUCCUGGGACUACCUACUAUUUUGAAUCGGAACUGGAAAAAUGGCAACCGUGUUCGUCGAUAUUAGACAACGAAGCACUACCGGGAACCUUAACGAUUUCAAGCUACAACGUAUUGAUCGAUUCCGAGUAUCCACCCGCUCGAGAUAGAGAUCCGCUGCUAUUAAAAACUCUCCUUUCUACGUCGGCCUUGGCAGACAUUCUAGUCCUGCAAGAAGUUUCUGACGAUUUUCUCUCUUUCUUGCUUCAUGAUGAGGAGAUCCAACAUCGAUUCCCCUUCACAUCUCACGGCCCCCCUGCUCAAGCAGACAUUGGCCCCUUACCGAGCCUGCGAAACAUUGUCAUCCUUAGCAAGUGGUCCUUCAGUUGGGUCUUCGUCCCUUUCCACCGAAGGCACAAAGGCGCAGUCGUAGCACAAUUCAGCUCGAUCGCUCUGCAGGGCUCAUCCGAGACACUACCCUUAAUCGUCGCGGGUGUGCAUCUGACUUGCGGCUUGACUGAUGGAGCUGUUGCCGCAAAGAAGGUUCAGCUUCAGAACUUGAAGAACUAUCUUUCUCGAAAUCAUGCGUCAAACCCCUGGGUGAUUGCGGGUGACUUCAAUAUCACGACUUCGACAUACUCGAUUGAUACUGCCUUGAAAAGCAAGUCCAUCUCGACGCAGACUGCCAAGACACUAUCUUCGAUGGAGACUUCGAUGAACGAAGCUGGUUUGAUUGAUGCUUGGGCCGUAGCCCGGGUCGAAGCAGCCGAUCUUGGUUAUUUGGGUGAAUUGGAUGAUUUAUUUGAGGGAGAAGAUGGCGCCACUUUCAAUCCGAGGGAAAAUGAACUUGCUGCAGCUACUUCUGGUACUUCAGUAAAUCGUCCUCAGCGAUACGACAGGAUUCUUGUUCGCCCCCAAGGACUUCUCCGAAUCAACAAAUUCAACCAGUUUGGUUUCCCAGUCACCCAGGGAGGUAGUCACUGGGUUCCGAGCGAUCACUGGGGAAUUCGAUGUUCUAUGAAGGUGAACGCCGACUCGACGGAAAAGGGUGUCGACGAUCUUAACAUCCUCAAAAAUUACCCUAUUCACAUCCAGCAUGUAGUAGGAGCGCUCUCGGACGGUUCGGCGCUAACAUCAGCACUAUUAAACCACCAAAUGUUUCCUACCGAAGACGAAAUUCAAUGUCGAAGAGAGGCUUUUGUACUCAUUAAAACAGUCCUGCUAGGUUCCUCAGACGACGACAAUACAAGCAUGUCCGACAUUCCUAUGGUCAUUGUCCCAGUUGGCUCAUACGCUCUUGGGGUCUGGACUUUUGCAUCCGAUAUCGACUGUCUUUGCAUUGGAUCCAUAAGUUCCAAGACCUUCUUUAAGCUGGCUAGGCAACGCAUUCAUAGGGCAGAAGUCCAAGGUGUAAGACUAAUGCGUCGCGUCGAAGCUCACACUGGAACCAUGUAUGAGCUGUCUGUCAACGGUGUCAGCAUGGAUUUGCAAUACUGCCCAGCGGCGAGAAUCGUGGAGAGAUGGACGGAACUACCUAACCUUCAUCAAUCUGACCCUAUCUUCAAUCUGUCUAUGCUCUCACUUCGGAAAUUGAAGCCCUACCGAGACAUCACAUACAUCCAGCGGACACUUCCUUCUAUGACCACCUUCCGCUUGGCAUAUCGCUGCAUAAAGCUGUGGGCCAUUCAACGCGGGGUCUACUCUUCAAGAUUUGGCUAUUUAGGUGGCAUCCAUCUAACACUUAUGCUUUCUUACCUUUGCAAGCGAAUGGUCCACGAUCUUGGAUCUGUUACUUCUGCAGAUCUUGUUUCAACGUUCUUCCAUCACUAUGCCAUGUUUGAUUGGAAGAAUGAUAUGGUGUUUGAUCCGUUCUUUCACAAGAGGAAGCCAAGAUACCAGAGGAGCGUCAGAGAGCCGAUGGUUGUCUUGGGUUUCAAUUCCCCUAACGCCAAUGUAGCACAUACGUCGUCCAUUCCUGGAGUGAACACUCUUAUUAGGGAGUUUGGGAUGGCCAGUCGUCGCCUAGCUGAAGAUGGUAUGACUUGGGAACAGUUUUUCAGGAAGGAUUCGAUUGCAGGUGCUCUCGACGAACGUCUUGCAGGGGUAGGAGAGUUUCUAAAAUCCUACGACAGCUAUGCAAAGAUUGAAAUCCAAUACUGGGGACGGACGUUAGGGAAAGGGAAGGGACUUGUGGGUUGGGUUGAGUCUCGGUGCUUGCUUCUCGUUGUCGAUAUUGCUAAAGUGCUUCCUGGCUUUGAAGUCCGAAUAUGGCCUGCGAGAUUUACGAACAGCAACGCUAUAGAUGCUGGGACCGAUUAUCAAGGGUGCUACCUCAUCGGCCUUUCUAAAGGGGAAGGUAUCGAGUGGAACGCCAGCAAAGAAGAUCGGCAGACAGCAAAGCUUGCUCUGGAGAAGUCCCUCGAGAAUUUCCAAAACAAAUUGCAAUCUGACGAUAAAUACUACGACCCAAGUUCCAGUUGGAUUGGCGUUAGCCUCGUCCGACAAACUGAUGUGAAGAACUUUCACUUGGAUGAUCGAGAAUGGGGAGACUAUGUUGCGGAUAUCGAAGAAGACUCUGACGACGAGGAAGAUGGUGAUGCCCUUGAUGAGCUUGAAGAGGAUGCACCCACCAAAAAGCUUCCGAUCCGACCGGCUCCAUCGCAUUCAUCCAAGCCUAUCUCUUCAAGCAAGCUGCGACCAGCGUCCGACGUUUUGAAUCGAUUACGCUGGGAUCCGAACCUAGAUCCGAACGACUACAUCGUUGGAUAUGAGGACCGAUUCCUCGGUGCUAAAGAGACGACUCUUGAGAAAUGGAAGACUGAGCAGACAGAUGAUGAAUUCAUUCCUCAACACCGAAUCCUCUACUUCAAGAAAAGGACCGACGGGGUAGUAGUUUGGGAGAGGAGGACAAGGACUGAUUUGAUUUUUGGAAGUGGAGUUGGUGCGGGUGAUUCAUGAUAAGAGGUUAACGCUUAGCAUCCUAUAUUAUUCCUAAGGGUACGGUACAACAUCUCGGCAUGGUAGGUGCGCGUGCAAAAGUAGUAAGCUGUGUGUAGAGUGGUUUCGGUAGUAUUAUUGGUGCUCUUGUCUUAACGCUAUGUUCACGAUGACAUCAGUGAUCGGGAUGUUUUAAAC